CUAAGUAGCUUAUUGGUGUUUAUUAGAUUCAACCACUCCAAAUUAUGAUGAAGCUGAAAAAACCGCGUUCUUCCCUUUUUAAUACCCCCACCCCACUCUUCUUCUUCUUCAUUCUCUCUCUCUCUCUCAUCACUCUCUCUCUCUCUAAAACUUUCAUUUUUCAAGAAAAUGGCGUCCUGCAGCUGCAAUUCCAUCUUUCUUCUUCUUUUCAUGCUAUUCAUCAACUCUUCUUCUUCAGUUGAAGGAAAAACAUUUUCUCUUUCUUUCCCUCUAACCUCGGUAGUUUUGUCUGAAGCUUCCAAGGCGAAUAUUCUUUCUUCUCUAGCCGUAUCGCCGCCUUCUAACCAGACGGCGGCGGCGCCGCCGUUUGGUUACAACUACAGGUCACCUUUCAGGUAUUCGAUGGCCCUGAUAGUCUCUCUCCCCAUCGGAACCCCGCCGCAGUCUCAGCAGAUGGUUCUCGACACCGGCAGCCAGCUGUCGUGGAUUCAGUGCCACCGCAAAUCACCCCGACCGCCGCCGCCGCCGCCGCCGCCGGCGUCGUCGUUCGACCCCUCCCUCUCCUCCUCCUUCUCCACACUCCCUUGCAGCCACCCCAUCUGCAAGCCGCGAAUUCCCGAUUUUACCCUCCCGACAACCUGCGACCAGAACCGCCUCUGCCACUACUCCUACUUCUACGCCGACGGGACCCUCGCCGAGGGCAAUCUCGUCAGAGAAAAAAUCACUUUCCCGAAUUCCCGAACUACCCCUCCCCUGAUCCUCGGCUGCGCCGCCGAGCCGGGCGAGGCCGAGGGUAUUUUGGGAAUGAACCUCGGCCGGCUGUCGUUCAUUUCACAGGCUAAGGUGCCGAGAUUCUCAUACUGCGUGCCGACCAGACAACGCCGGGGCAAUAAGGUAAUUAACCCCACCGGCACGUUUUACCUGGGACAAAACCCACAUUCUCGUACCUUCCGAUACAUCAACCUGUUGACUUUCCCCAAAAGUCAACGCAGCCCCAAUUUCGACCCCCUCGCCUACACCGUCGGGUUGACUGGCAUCAAAAUCGGAGGGGCGAGGCUGAACAUAUCUCAGGCGGUUUUCCGGCCGGACGCCGGCGGCUCUGGCCAGACGAUGAUAGAUUCCGGCACGCAGUACACGUUUCUGGUGGACGCCGCCUACGCUAAGGUGAGGGAAGAAGUCGUGAGGAGAGUGGGUGGAAGAAUGAAGAAGGGGUACGCCUACGGCGGCGCGUUGGAUAUGUGCUUCGACGGCGGCGCCGCCGCGAUCGAGAUCGGACGGUCGAUCGGCGAUAUGGUGUUUGAGUUUGAAAAGCGCGUGGAGAUAUUGAUCAGCAAGGAGAGGGUUUUGGACCACGUGGGAGGUGGGAUCCACUGCGUCGCGAUCGGACGGUCGGAAGCGCUCGGUGUUUCAAGUAAUAUAAUUGGGAACUUUCAUCAGAAAAAUCAUUGGGUGGAAUUUGAUUUGACCAAUCGGAGAGUGGGAUUCGGAGUGGCGGAUUGUAGUAGAUCUAUGUAAUAAUCUCUUUCCUUUUUUUUUUUUUUUUUUUCAAACUAGUUUUUAAGUUAGUUUAGAGAAUAUAAUUAAGAGGUUUUGGUGUAUAAUAUAUUGAGAUAAUAUUAUAUUAUUCUUUUCAAAUAAAUUGGAACAAAGUUUUCGAAUUAAA